AUGCCGAAAGUGCGCUCUCCACAUGCGCAGCGUCGAGCACGUGCCGUGUGUACCCGCUGUCAUAGUCGCAAACGUGAGAACAUAUACAUCGGAGGUCUAACUUGUGAUCGAAGGUACGAUGUGAUCUCGAGACUCGGCCAAGCGGCGUUUGUAGCCGUUGUCAACGCGAAGGUUAUGAAUGCCAUUGACCAUUUCAGACCCCAUAUUGGACCACGGAAACAAAAGGCACGUUGCACUUCUCAGGCGACGGCUCUGUCAGAAGUCACACACCCGGAACUGCAGGCUUCAUCCACAACACCAGUGACGCCUUCUCAGACCGCCCUACAUCCACGACAUAAUAUCGACUGCUCCGGGUCAAAUAACGGCUCUCCUCAACAUGAGCCACACUUUGUCAAUGGCGACAACAUUAUAUUGCAAGCCAGCCAGGCGACCCUUCUUCCACCUCCGGUUAUCAUUCAGGCGUUGAGUGAUUUCUAUUUCAGUGAGCUUUUCCCAUUAGUACCAGUCCUCGAUCGUCAACAAGCAGAAGUUCAAAGCUCUCUUCUGCUGCAACAAUGCCUGUGUUUUGCUGGGAGCACCAUGCGCCAAUCAAGCUCGCCAGUCGAAUGGUCUUCGUCUGUGAUUUAUGGGCGCAUCAAAGUAUUACUUCUUUUGCACCAUGACGCCUCCCCGCUAAAUACGCUCAUAUCUCUCUGUAUUCUGGGUACUUGGCUUCCAUACACGCCCGAAGCCAGAGUUCUGGAUAACCCUUGGCAAUGGACCGGCAUGGCAAUUCGUCUCGCACUCCCUGGAAGGGUGCGAAGGAUAUGGUGGUAUCUUUUCAACAGUGAUACUUUGCAAAUGGCUUGUUCUGGAUGCCCUGGAAUGUUUCCCCUGCAGGAGACUCAGGUUCGUUUCCCAAUACCGAGUGACUUCGAUAAUCAAGACAUUGGGGCUUGGAUGUUCUGCAAGUUUACCUCUCUUUGCAGAUUACUCAGAAAGGUUCUGGAGCUUGGCAAAGCAGAUAAGUCGUCACAGGACGAAGUUUAUUCAACUCUGGAUGAACUCGGCCUAUGGAGGCAAAGCUUGCCUUCAUCCCUGCAACUCUUUGAUGAAUCCAGCAAGACCAGGCAGAUAUAUAAUCGAAUAACCGUUGAGCUGCAUAUCUUCUACUUGGUGACGACCAUUUUAGCCAGCUUCCUCGGUCGGCGUGACAAUCCAUCGUUAUUUAAAUACAGCUCGAUGGCAGCUUCGGCCUGCAUCGCCCGAUUAUACGAAGAGAUUCUCCUCCACGAAGAGGUCACAUAUCUCCUUCCAAUACACUCUUGGGCACACCUGGUCGCGGCUAUUCCACGAGCGUUUAGCGACGGCGAUCUAUUAAACCCAGAUCGAGCCUAUGAGAUUCAAAUAAGCCAACAAGUUUUGGAAAUACUAAGCAAGAAACACACUUCAGCUGCCGCAGUACGAAGCCGCAUCGAUGCCCUCGGCGGCUGCAGUGCAGGAACGUUUCCUCCACAGGUGGGCACCAUGUGGGAUUCACUUCCUGCGCCGAUCCAAGACGAGAAGAAACAGCGUGUACUUUCUCUCUUCCAUUUUCCUGUCAACUUUUGUCCAAUGUUGGAUUUACUCAGAUCCACAGGAAGUCUCGGAGGAGUGCCGCUCCCCCAUUCGUCGCCCAUUGACAAUGAUGCUGAUGACUGGUCCAUUGAUUGGUCUUCAUUUUUAUUCGACGGCGCUAUGAGCUUUUAG